CCCAAGGUCCACAUUCUUCCUUGUUGUCGGAGGACCUGGACUCUAUGGUCAGUGACGAAGAGGGGCGCUCUGCUGUCGGCGCUUGCGUGUUGCGAGGUGGUUCCGCAUGCGCGGUGGGGUUGCGCGAAGCGCACGCUGAGGAGGAUCGGCGGCUGCUGCGGGUGGUUGGCGUCUGAUUUCUCCGAUUGAAGAGCGCGGCGCGGGACCCCAGUGCGGGAUUCACACACAUACCUCAGAAUGCCGGGUCUAAGUUGUAGAUUUUAUCAGCACAAAUUUCCUGAGGUGGAAGAUGUAGUGAUGGUGAACGUAAGGUCUAUUGCUGAAAUGGGGGCUUAUGUCAGCUUGCUGGAAUACAACAACAUCGAAGGCAUGAUUCUUCUGAGUGAGUUGUCCAGAAGGCGUAUUCGUUCUAUAAACAAACUCAUCCGGAUUGGCAGGAAUGAAUGUGUGGUUGUCAUUAGAGUGGACAAAGAAAAAGGGUAUAUUGAUUUGUCAAAAAGAAGAGUUUCUCCAGAGGAAGCAAUCAAAUGUGAAGACAAAUUCACCAAAUCCAAAACUGUUUACAGCAUUCUGCGUCAUGUUGCUGAGGUGUUAGAAUACACCAAGGAUGAGCAGCUAGAAAGCCUGUUCCAGAGGACUGCCUGGGUCUUUGAUGACAAGUACAAGAGACCCGGAUAUGGUGCCUAUGAUGCAUUUAAGCAUGCAGUCUCAGACCCAUCUAUUUUGGAUAGUUUAGAUUUGAAUGAAGAUGAACGGGAAGUACUCAUUAACAACAUUAAUAGGCGUUUGACCCCACAGGCUGUCAAAAUUCGAGCAGAUAUUGAAGUGGCUUGUUAUGGUUAUGAAGGCAUUGAUGCCGUAAAAGAAGCCCUGAGAGCAGGUUUGAAUUGUUCAACAGAAACCAUGCCCAUCAAGAUUAAUCUAAUAGCUCCUCCUCGGUAUGUAAUGACCACAACCACCCUGGAGAGAACAGAAGGCCUCUCUGUCCUUAAUCAAGCUAUGGCUGUUAUAAAAGAAAAGAUUGAGGAAAAGAGGGGUGUCUUCAAUGUUCAAAUGGAGCCCAAAGUGGUCACAGAUACAGAUGAGACGGAACUUGCAAGGCAGCUGGAGAGGCUUGAGAGAGAAAAUGCUGAAGUAGAUGGAGACGAUGAUGCGGAAGAAAUGGAAGCCAAAGCCGAAGAUUAACUUUGUGGGAAACGGAGUCCACCUUAAGGAUCACAAAGCAGCCUUCCUGGCUGUUAACCCUAGACUUGAAAGUUUUCCAGUAUUGAAAACUUCAAAGCUGAAUAUUUUUUAUUUCUAAGUAUUUAAAUGUUCCAGCAGACCAAAACGUGAAAUGCCCUCCUAAACGUCAGCUGUUUUUACACAGUAGCUCCUACACACUGAGCAUUUUUUAAGGGAGUGGCCUGAUUUCACUAGAGACAAACCUUUAAGAACUGUCAUAAAAUUGGGCUUGUGAUUUCUAUUUCUGAUGUCUCCAGAUUGGCUUCCCUUUGUAGUUCAGUGCCUCCAUGAGAUUUACCAGGGGCAUCCAAAGCAAAUAGUCCCAACCUUUCUAUAUAAAAUGUAUCAAGCAAACAUGAAAUAAAUUUCUGGGAUAUUUAACCAUAGGCUUCUUCCUUAUUGUCACCAGUUAAAGCAAUUAUGAUUACUAAGACCCUAAUUCUAUUACCUUUGUUUUAGUCAAGAUGCAGUAAUACAAGGGUAGGAGACCAGAGGAUCAAUAUAGCAGAUCCUUUCAAAAGGAGGGUUUAGCUAACAUAAUUUUAAUUAGUGAAAGUUGACUCCUAGAGGGAAAAAAGCCUUAAGAUGCAAUUAAAAGAGUUAUGCUGGUUGUUUGCCUUUUACGUAUUCGAGACUAAUGAUAACGUGUGGUAUGAGGGAGAAUUUAUCACACUGGUCCUUGCUAGUGUUUUAAGCUGCUUGCCUUGAGUUUAUAAAUCAGGGUGGUAAAGUGUGGGGGUUUGGGGGUUUUUUUAAGAAAAAGAUGCUGCUGCUUUAGUUAUUUUGAAUAUCAUUGUCUAACUUGAUUUUUUUUUCUUUUUUGCCAUUAAAAUAUUUGCUAGGUGCCACCUACAGCUUCAGUUCUCUCUAUAGCAGAAUAGGAAUCUGAACAGUUACAAUGAUUUUUCUGUUUCCAUCACUUUGAUCUUUCAGAGCUAAUUUAAAGAUACAUAAAUUUAAAGGUAAAUAAAUAAUAAAUAUAAAGGUAAAUAAAUUUCAUAGAUAACACAUGGUUUGCAGUUACAGCUACAGUAGCCAGGGUGUAGAAAGUCUUAGUCUCCUUCAUAGAUUUAAUCUUUUUAGGAUACUUGAGGUACUAGAUAAAUUAAUUUUACUAACUAUUCCCAAGAAUAGCUAUUUAAAAAUACUUAGAAGAUUAAACCUAGACUUAACUCAGUAUUAAAGGGACUGGAAAUAACAGUGUGUUGAUGAGACAGUUUGAGCCAUUUGUGAAGGUGUGACCCUUCAUUUAAUUUAGCAGCCUCUAUUAGCUCUUUAAAUCCAAAAGGCUAACUUCAUAUGGCCAUUUCCACAAGGGAGCCAGGAUUGCUAGCAUGCAUGCCAUACCUGGAAUGUUUAGAGGAGAACCUGGAUGUACUUAAAUUGGCACAAAUAAUUUUUAUUCAGUCUUUUUGAGGAGUCAAGGAAAAGUAUAAAGCUUGCAGCAUCAAGAAUGUUGUCAGAAUAUAACAGGUGCUCCUUAAACGUUUGUUACAGGCAAAGGAAUUGAAAUUUCACUUUGUUUACUGAAUUUUUUAAUACUUCAAAAGCCAUAACUUUCAAGAAAUACUGGUGCCUCCGUGGUGAGUGAUUUUUAUCCCAUGCAGGCCUUUUGCACAGUUCCACAACAGUUUUGCCAGUGUAGGACCCUUGCCAGAGAAAAGAUCAAUACCUCACUGAUAGCAUGAAGGAGAUAAGUAAUAAGCUUAAAGCAUACUUACACCCUGCUGACUUAAAGAUGAGAACAAGAUCACACCCCGCUCCAAUAAUUUGAACAGAUUGACAAAGACCGUUGACCAGUUUAAUCCAAGUCUUGAAUCUCUCCCCACAAAGCUUCUUCACUAAAAAUUGACAGCUGCUUCUACUCCCCAUUCUGCCUUCGAGGUCAAGUGGUUAUUGACUUACAACUGAAAACUAGCAAUAUUUUGGGUCUCAUGUAUAUACAAUU